CCAUAACCAGCAACUCCCUUGGACGCUGGCGCUAAUCAUAAACACUGCAUUAUCACGUACAAGCUCAAUGCCGAUACUAUGAGGGGCCCGGGGAAUCUGCUCAUUCUCUUAGGCGUAUCGACAUGCUCGACCGUGCUGGCUGCCUCGAGCGAGGCUUCGUCCCGUCCAAGAGGCGUGGGACCUGAAUUUGCAAAGUUCUAUAAAGAUACCACCACCUUUAGCUGCAUCUCUCAUCCCGCCGUCAAGAUCCCCUUUUCGGCGGUAAACGACGAUUAUUGCGACUGCCCCGACGGCAGUGACGAGCCUGGAACGUCCGCCUGCUCUCAUCUCUCCCGUCUGUCGCCAUUGACACCUGGGAAUCACCCUGAUGCCGAGGGUAUUGACCUUACCCCGGCGUUGCCUGGUUUCCAUUGCAAGAAUAAGGGCCAUACAGCCGCGUAUAUUCCCUUUCAGCGGGUAAACGAUGGGAUCUGUGACUACGAUAUUUGCUGCGAUGGCAGCGAUGAAUGGGCUCGAGUCGGCGGUACCAAGUGCGAGGAUCGGUGCAAGGAGAUUGGGAAAUCGUGGCGCAAGGCUGAGGAGACAAGACAGAAGUCGUUGACUGCGGCACUGAGGAAGAAGAAGGAGCUUGUGGCAGAGUCUGGACGACUCACCAAGGAGAUCGAAGACCGUAUCAUCGACCUCGAAGUGGAGGUCAAAGCGCAAGAGACCAAAAUCCGGGCGAUGGAGGUUGAUCUUGAGAGACUGGAGAAGGAGGAGCGUGGAAAGGUGGUCAAGUCUACUAAGAAAGGCAAGGUUGCUAUGCUAGCUGGACUGGCAAAAACACGCGUGAAUGAGCUCCGUGAAGCUCUGAAUGAAGUUCGUAGCCAGAGAGACGAUAGUCGUUCACGGGUCAAGGAGCUUGAGGAGAUUCUUGCGACGUUCAAAGUUGAGUAUAACCCCAACUUCAACGAUGAAGGUGUCAAACGUGCUGUCCGUAGCUGGGAGGAUUACGCUGCCAAGGGAACUGCUGGCGAUUUCUCGUCUGAAGCUGCCAAGGAUCGUGAUUACGAUGAGAUAACUAAAGAAGAUAGCGAGGUAUCUGGUGUUGAUUGGGCGCAUUGGGAGAAUCAGGAUGAUGCUAGUGGGGGAGUUGAUAUCCUGUACAAAUUACUAGCUUAUCUCCCGCCGGCUGUUGUCGAGUUCCUUGAAGACAAGUUCUAUAGCAUCAAGAAGUUCCUUGUCGACAACAACAUCAUCCCUUCCUCCAAUAACGAUCCGUCAUCAGAGUCAAAGGCAUUGAAAGAAGCGCGUGACUCAUUGAAAGCUGAACAGUCGCUCCUGGACCGAACUGUGAAAUCGAUCAAAGACCACAAGGCUGAUCUAGAAAAGGACUACGGCGCGCAAGGUAUCUUCCGCACUCUCAAAGAUGUGUGCAUCCAGAAAGAUUCCGGAGAGUAUACCUAUGAACAUUGCUUCCUAAGCAAGACGAAGCAGAUUCCCAAGAAAGGUGGUGCAACUGUGACGAUGGGCAACUACCAAGGCAUUGUAAGCAUUACUAUGGACGAUGUCAACACCGCCGGGGAGAUCCAGCAAGUUGAAAAAGUGGCUCUUGAGUACAAGUCUGGUCAGCAAUGUUGGAAUGGACCGGCUCGGUCAACGAUGGUCAUUCUGGAAUGCGCCGAAGAAAACGAGAUUCUAAAGGUGAUGGAAGACGAGAAGUGUGUUUACUCAAUGAUCGUAACCACUCCUGCUGUCUGUGGGGAUGUGAAGGUGAAAGAGUCGCGCAAGGAUGAGCUGUAAUUAGAUGAGCGAGUACAGUCGAGCAUGUUUUCAACUCUGACCUUUCGGAGUUUAUAGAAUGAUCUCUAUAUAUCCUUGAUAAUCGGAUGCUAUUUUCGGGUUUGCCUUUCAGUUUGAAUAGUGGUAUAAAUACAGGUAUACAUCAGCUGAAUUCAUCGCUAUCUGAUUUAUGGUAGGACCGUCAAACAGACUCUCGCAACC